AUGGGUUCUUUCUGUGCUACGGAGGGGUUUAGAGCUUCAAUUUCGAGAACAGUCUCCUCUCUCUGCGGUUCCUCUGGAAUUUUCUAUGACCAGAGACCCGCGGAAAAAUCUGUUGUUGCAAGAGGAAGUGUCUUUACUUCUCCAAAAGAAUGUAUUGGAAGAAUAUCUGGUGAUUCCACAUUUCAAAAUGGAGACCAACAGGUCGAUCAGAACCUCUCCCCAUACAGGGAUGUGGACGUCUUCUUUAGAUCUGACGGAUGCUUACUUUCAUGUCCCUAUAGCUCCGGCUUAUCGGAAGUUUCUUCGUCUUGUCUGAGAGGCCAAACAUGCUUCAGCUCGCCAGUUUCUACAGCUGAUAGGUUUUCUGAUUUCUCUGAUGGAAUAGUACCUUUAGGUCGUCUUCAUAUCCGUCCCAUUCAGUGGUAUCUUCUGGAAUUUUGGGUACCAGCCUCACAACAGUGGGAAGCUGUUAUUCCCAUUCUUCCCAGAUUGCAUCCUCAUCUUCUGUGGUGGUCAGUGAGAGAGAAUGUUAUGAUAGGUUGCUCGCUAGACCCCCCAGUUCCUUCUAUGACCCUGUUUACAGAUGCUUCUCUGACAGGCUGGGGAGCUACCCUGGAAGGCAGAGAGGCAUCAGGUCUAUGGUCCGGUCUCCAAUUGACAGAACACAUCAAUUUACUGGAGAUGCGGGCUGUUCUUCUGGCAUUGAAACACCUUUCCCAAUUUGUUCAGGGUCAAUCUCUGAUGAUAGCCACAGACAAUACAACAGUAGUUGCUUAUCUGCAGAAUCAGGGCGGCACACAUUCUCAGUCUCUUUACCUUCUGUGCAAAGAAAUUCUGUUGUUUUGCCGUUCCCUGGGAAUUCGCUUGUCAGUCAGGCAUGUUCCUGGCAAUCUGAAUCUAGUAGUGGAUGCUCUCUCAAGGUCACUGCAUCCAGUGAAUACAGAAUGGGAGUUACAUCCAGCAGUCUUUCAGGAGAUCUGUCUCAAGUGGGAUCGUCCUCAUAUAGACCUCUUUGUUACGUAUCUGAAUUGCAAACUGCCAACGUUUGUCUCUCCGAUUCCAGACAACAAAGCUUUAGCAGUGGAUGCAAUGUCUUUCGAUUGGAAGGGGAUGUUUUCUUACAUGUUUCCUCCUUUUCGCCUCCUUCCCAAGAUUCUACACAAAAUCAGGGUAGAAAUUUGCAAGACCAUUCUUAUUGCUCCAGCAUGGCUAAAACAAUCGUGGUUUCCAGAUCUUCUUCAACUGUGUUGUGCGAGACCAAUUCUUCUUCCUCUCAGGAAAGAUCUUUUGUCUCAAUUCAAAGGCAGGAAAGUUCAUCAGAAUCUUUCCAACCUCCAUCUACACGCAUGGUUACUGUCAGGGAAUCUCUCAGACAGAAUGGCUUUUCUGACAGAGCAGCCAAACGUAUCUCUAGUUCGGUCAGAAAAUCUACAGGAGCAAUUUAUGACUCUAAGUGGAACAUCUUCUGUUCUUGGUGUUGUUCAAAAGAAAUUGAUCCUCUCGCAGUUACUGUCCAACAGUUAG